AUGGUCUCUAAGCUCAUCCUCGGACUUCUCCUCGGCAGUGCCGCCGCUCUUUCCUCUCGUGAGAGCCUCCCUCCUCGCUGUGCUGUCGCGGACCCUACCGCCGCGCAAGUCAGCCAGGCCCAGAACCUGAAGAAGAUCGAGAGCAUCUCCAAGAUCAGUGCUGCAUCCAUCACCGUCGACACCUACUUCCACGUCGUCUCCUCCGCUGCCUCAAAGUACAUCACCCAGAAGCAGCUCCAGGAUCAGCUCAAGGCUCUUAACGAUGCCUACGGCUCUCACGGCGUUACCUUCAACCUGAUUGACACCACUUUCACAACCAACGCCAGCUGGGCUGCUGGUAACGGAGAGGUUGCCAUGAAGCGACAGCUCCGCCAGGGAGAUUACAGCACUCUCAACCUGUACUUCACAGACGUUGCUAAGCUCGACGGCUUUGAGGCUCUUGGAUACUGCUACUUCCCCGAGCCCGACGUCUCAACAGGAUCUCAGACCUUUAUCAAGGACGGCUGCGUCAUUGUCGCCGAGACUGUCCCUGGCGGUAGUGCCGCGCCUUAUAACCUGGGUGGAACUGCCGUUCACGAGGUUGGUCACUGGUUCAACCUCUUCCACACCUUCCAGGAUGGCUGCACUGGUGGAGAUCUCGUCAGCGACACCCCUGCUCAAGCCGAGCAGACAAGUGGUUGCCCUACUCGAGCGGACACCUGCCCUAACCAGCCUGGCGACGACCCCAUCCACAACUACAUGGAUUAUUCUGAUGAUGUUUGCUACGAGGAGUUCACACCUGGGCAGCAGACCCGCAUGCACACCGCCUGGACAACCUACCGAAAGUAG